GUGUUACCCUAAUUUUUUUCUCUUAAUUAAAUAUCAUUUUAUAUCCAUUUUCUUUAAAUUAUUUCUCUAUGAACAUAAUGUGACAAUAUAUAAGUACAUACAUAAUAUCAUUUGAUUAAUUUCCUUAAUGUAUUCAGUAAUGAAUUUUAAAAGUUUAACUCUAACAAUAGUUUAUUGUUAUUCAAUUAAUAAUUCAAAAUUAUAUUUUAAAAUCUAAUGUUAUUAAAUUUUAUUAUAUUUGUAAAGAAAUUAUUAUAUGGUGUUAUUCAAUUAAGAUUUCAAAAUAUUUAAUUAAAAUCCAGUGUUAUUAACUUUUAAAAAUCUUUUUGUCAUAAUCAUUUGAGAAAAAAGAUUAGUAAACUUUCUAUCAGUCUAUGAGUAAAUUAUUAAAAAUAAAAGCAAAGAUAUAUUAGAGAGAUUUUAGAAUCCACAAAAAUAAAUUCAGUAAAUGAUAUCAGAUUUUAUAAUUUUAAUUUUAUAAAUUAUAAAAUUUAUAGAGUAGAAAUUAAAAUCAAUGAUGCAUGGAAUAACACCCUCUAUAAAUAUUCAAAAACUACAUUUUUGUUGUUUAAAGAAAUGAAAUUUGACUUUCUCUCAGUGAUCAACUUGCUCGCACAGAAGGAAUAAAGUUUUGCUUGUUUUCUCUUAGGUGUAACCGAUUUUCUGUUUUUUUAUCCAUGGCUUCAUCAAUCGCUUCCUGGUCGCUGCUGCCUUUUGACUUGGUAGAAAAUAUACUUUACAAGGUUCCGGUCGAAUCUUUGGUACGAUUCAAGUUCACAUGCAAACAAUGGUGUGCUCUUUUAAAUGAUAGUAGAUUCAUUUACAAACACUUGGAACUCUCCCGGGAAGGACUCAUCCGAGUCCAUGAUCAUAAGUUGUAUCAGUUCAUCAAUCUUGAGACCCUAGCCCUUUCCAGUCUACAAGGUCCAUCUGAUAUUUAUUCAAUGAUUCACUGCGAUGGAUUAUUGCUAUGUAAAUUUAAAUCUGAUAAUAUAGAUAGAAAUCUCGCAGUUUGGAAUCCGUUUUUGAGCCUAGUCAAAUGGAUCGAACUCUCGAUUUCUUACACAGGGCAUUGGGAUAUCUAUGGUUUUGGAUACGACAAUCUAUCCCGUGAGAACUACAAGAUCUUGAGGUUUUGUAAUAAAUUAGGACAUGAAGAGGCUGAGAUAUAUGAGUUCAAGACUAAACUCUGGAGAAGUGUUGAUUACUCUUGUGCGUAUUCUUGGUAUGCAUGGUAUGACGAAGCUGUGUCUAUGGAUGGAAACAUGUAUUGGUUUGUUAAAAGGGACAUAGAUAACUCCCAAAAUGAAAACUUCAUCCUGUGUUUUGAUUUUUCCAGAGAGAUAUUCAAAGAAACAUGCUGUCUUCCCUUUAUAAAUCGUGAUGAUGUUUGGCUUUUGCCACGCCUAUCAGGUUUCAGAGGAGAUAGGCUUUCUAAGUUAUCUAAAGAUAAAUAUGGGAAUAUUCAGGUGUGGAUUACAAACAAGGUGACUGAUGAAGUUGUUUCGUGGAGCAAGUAUUUUAAUGUGACUCUCCAAUAUCCCUCGAGAUUAUCCCGUGAAUAUAUCAAUAAUAUGACAUUCUUCAUCCACAAGACCAAUAGGAUCAUGUUAUGGCGCAAGGAAGAAGAUGUCAAAAAUAAAGAUAUAUACGUCAAUGUUUACGAAAUAUGUGAAGGUGUGGUCGAGAAACUAGUUGAGACAGGACGACAUAGACGUGGUGAUAAGGGUUGCAUUACUAAGAUUGGUUAUGUAUUUGUACCAAGUCUGGUUCCGGUUCCAGAGUAAGAGGAGGCUUCUGAGGGUUGCUCGAUCUCUUUCAUACAUGUUUGCUUAUUAUGUUCUAACGCACUAUGCAUUUCCUUUGGUGUUGCUUUAAAAUACUAAACCUUAAAACAAAGCUGGAAAGAUUGCAGUC